AUGAAUCCCAAACAUCCGACCAAGAUAACACCAUUCCAGUUGGUGUACGGAGGAGAAGCAGUGGUUCCUGUAGAGGUUGGAGUAGAAUCCGACUGGGUGAAACUCUACGACAAAGGAAAUGGCGAGCGAAGGCUAAUGGAGCUAUACUUGGUGGAUGAAGUGCGGGAUAAAGAGGUCGUUUGGUUAAUGGCUUACCGACAGCGAAUGAGGCAGAACUAUAGCAGGAGGAUGAUCCCGAGGUCCUUCCAGGUUGGUGAUCUAGUCUGGAAGAAAAUCAACCCAGUCGGUGAUGUCACCAAUUCUAGGCACCAUGGGUGGGACCUUACAAGAUCAUACAGAAACUCCACUCGGGGGGCCUAUUACUUGGAAGAUGAAAAUGGAAAACGACUCGAGUAG